AUGUCUGCAGCUCGAGCCUUCAGCACCGCUUUCCGGGCCGGUGCGCCCCGCGCCCCAAUUGCUGCCCGCUACGCCGCUACUCGAAGCUACGCCGCCGCCGCUCCAUCUGGCUCUGCCAUCAAGCCCCCGGUUGCCCUCUUCGGCGUUGACGGAACCUACGCGAGCGCUCUGUACACCGCGGCUGCAAAGACCAACGCCCUCGAGCCCACGGCCAAGUCUCUGUCGAACCUCCAGGGUGUCUUCCAGAAGGAUGCCAAGCUCAACGAGAUCCUCCAUGCGCCUUCUCUGUCUGUGUCGGAUAAGCAGCAGAUUGUCCAGGAGCUCCAGAAGCACAUUGGCAGCGCUGACAAGGAGGGCAUCGUCAAGAACCUGCUCAACACUCUCGCCGAGAACAACCGAUUGAGCGUGUUGAAGGGUGUUGUUGAGAAGUUUGGCGUACUCAUGGGUGCGCACCGUGGUGAGGUCGAACUUACCGUUACCAGCGCUGCGCCCCUUGACAACCGGACAAUCAGCCGCCUUGAGACUGCCAUCAAGAACUCGCAAUACGUAACCAGCGGCCAGACGCUUAAGGUUGUGCCCAAGGUCAACCCAGAGAUCCGUGGUGGACUUAUUGUCGAGAUUGCCGACCGCACGAUUGACUUGUCUGUCGCCAACAAGAUGGCCAAGAUGAACAAGCUCCUCACCGAGGCUUUGUAA